UCUGAGGAGGUAUUUGCGCAAAAUUUGGGUUCUCCUGCAUCUGACAGCGUGCGUGGCAGGUAUGACAGGGAGAUGCAGUCUGUUCGGACGACACUAUAUCCACACCUUUGACGGGGUUUUAUAUGAGUUUCCUGGAGACUGCAGCUACCUACUGGCUGGAGACUGCAACCAUCGCUCCUUCACACUGCUGGGUGAUUUUGUCAAUGGCAAAAGAACUGGAGUCACUCUGUUUCUGGGGGACGCCUUUGAGCUGCACCUGUCUGUAGACGGACGACUCUCACAAGGAGAAAAAAGAUUAUCUCUGCCCUAUGCAUCUCACGCUGUUUUUGUGGGCUCAGACCUCGGCUUUUAUAAACUCACGAGUGAAGAAUUUGGUUUCACUGUUACUAUUGAUAAUGCAGCCAACGUCGCCCUGACACUAACCAAACACCGCACCAACCACACAUGUGGCCUCUGUGGCAACUUCAACUCUGUAUCAGCUGAUGAAUAUACAGCUCAAGAAGGAUUUCUAACAGAGGACAGUUAUGACUUUGCAAAUUCAUGGGCAGUGAAGGGGGCAGAUCAGUCAUGUCGACGUGUCUCAAAUCCCAACCUGUCUUGCAACGGCACAAAAGAGACUUCAGCU